AUGGGAACUACUUACACCGGCGAAACAACACAGCGAGUCUUAGACAUUUCUACGACACGAUUGAAACGCAUGUUCGUGGACUUAAUUCGCACGGCAAAGAUGGAAAGCGCAUAUGGAGAAUUACUUAUACCGUUAAUUUUGGAGAAAUUACCCACUGACUUUCAUCGUACGCUAUACCGCAUCCGGGGAGAUACACCGUGGACACUUCCCGAUUUACGUAAGGCUAUACUAACUGAAAUUAAGGUAAAUCAUAUUGGUGACUUUGACAAUCAUACUCGACAGACUCCUACCAUAGCCACCUUCCAUACAUCAACGAGAGGAGGCGAGAGAACCGCUCCGCCAUUUAAUACCAGAGGUGGCCGAAGAUCGACUACACGACAGACUUACUCCUCUCCUCCAUGUACCUAUUGUAAAGGGGGUCAUACCCCAAACGACUGUGUAGUUGUCUCUGAUUUUGAUUCACGACUUGACAUAGUCAAACGCAACAAGUUAUGUUUUAACUGUUUGGGAAAUCAUGUCGUCAAUAACUGCAGGUCGAAGUAUUCGUGUCGCCACUGUCAAAAAAAACAUCACACCUCCUUGCAUGACAAAAGUAAAGACAAGGAAAUAACAAACCGUUCACAUUCCAAUACAUCACAUUCUUCAAAUAAAAACACUCACGUUAAAACUACUUACACCUCGGUGCCAGGGAGAGGUACACUGGCUCACACUUGCAAUCACACCGAUUGCUCAUCGACACUGGUUAACGAGAAUCCUACUGACCCGAAAGUCAGUAACAAUUCGGCUGUAUUUCAUUCAAAUUCCGGUAAUGUUGGCUAUUCACAGAGACCUGUACUACUCAAGACUGCCAAAAUUAACGUUUCUUAUGACAAUAACAUGACUACUGCUACUGUACUAUUUGACGAGGGUGCCAAUAGAAGUUUUAUAACUGAAAACCUUGCUAGCAAAAUUCCAAUGACCACGACUAAUCCAGAAAUAAUUCCCCUUUCAGCUUUUGGAAGUAAACAAGCUGAACGACGUAUACUACAAAGUGCGACAUUGAAUUUACACCCAUUAGACGGUACUGUAUCACAAAUGAACGCUUUGCUGAUACCUGAAAUUUCGGCUAAUAUGGAAAACUAUGUCACUAGUGAUUUACUAGAAUUACCACAUUUAAGGGACCUAGUACUCGCCCACCCCAUUAAUGACAAAGAACCUAACUUUGACAUUGACAUACUUAUUGGUGCCGACUAUUACUGGCAAUACGUAACUGACAGGGUCGUUCGAGGAGACGGACCGACUGCUGUCAUGUCACCAUUUGGUUACCUUCUUUCAGGACCUAAGCCUUGCGGAAAUACCUCGUCUACAACCAACAUGCUACAUGUACUGAUAAACAUGCCUUCGCCAAUAAAGGAAAUUGUAGAUGAACAAUUAUCUAUAGCUGUACCGCGAAAAGUUGAAAUGAUCACCGCCUCUACAUUAUACACACGCGAAUCAUUACGACCGGUCAACGAGGGGUCAUCGAACGCCGCGCCACCAGCCGCAUCUACGCACUAUGAACGCCGAUCGUCGCAACUUGAUAACGGUCCCUCCGAUCACGAAACCGAGAACAAUAACGCAAACUCUGCAAGUCGCAUUACUAACUCUGAACUGCAUGUCUACAAUGUAUGUGAAACCUCUGAACACUCCCCCAGUCUCAGUGAUGACGUCAGUGUCAACAUACUACAUUCAGCCAAUCAACCGCUAGGUGAGCUGAUUCCUCCGCUGUCAAUCAACGCGACUUCAGAUACGUUACCGCGUCACGAUAGCGAUUUGUUGAUGAAUGAUGCUGACGACGAACCAAAUGAACCCAACAUCAAUCUCGAGAAUAUAAUCGACCCAACUCGCUUCAGCACUUUGCAACGAUUACUUCGAGUUACUGUAUUAAUUCGUCGUUUCGUCGAUAAACUUCGCCGACGUAUUUCUACCGCGAAUUCAUCAAUUUCCGCUGAAGAAAUCGCUAAAGCUGAAAAGACAUGGGUUUCUGAUCUUCAGCAACGACACUUCGCUGAUUCAUUCACCACCAUCCGUCACAACAAUAAACGCUUUGGUGUACUUGUUAGACAACUACGUUUAUUCAUCGAUGACGACGGAGUUUUGCGCUGUGGCAGCAGACUUCACAACGCAGAUGUGAACUUUACUACUAAAUUUCCUGCAUUGUUACCAAGCAAACAUUACUUUACUACGCUACUUGUCCGCCGAGAACAUGAACGUCUACACCACAGUGGGACACAGGCUGUCGUGACUGCUAUUCGUCAACAAUAUUGGAUUACGAACAUCAGACAGACUGUUAAUUACAUUAUUCGACGCUGUGUCACCU